AUGAGUUCUCCCAUUAAUUCAACAUGCUGGUAUCCAUGGCAGGCAUAUAGCAAUGCCCACCCGCUUGUUGUAGAGCGGCCAAUAGUCACAGUGUUGGAUGAUGACACCGGUUCUGCGAGCUUCUCACGAACUUCCCCUUCGUCGGGCACAUCGCGCACAUCGUAUGCCUCAACUCGAUCCAAUUGCCCUCGCGUAACAGAGCGCCAACGGAAUAAUAACUGCAAUCUUCAACACUCUAAAAGGGAUUACGACAGUUGGGUUCCAGGUGUAUUUUCUGCUUCUGGAAUAGGGAAUCACAGUCAGCGCUCUUCUGAACCUCUAUUUUCCUCCCCACUUGGCCAUGCUGUGGGCAACCAUGAUAGAGUUCUACCUAAGGAACGUGAUCUCCAUUCUGCGGCUGCGUCAAAGUCUGGUUUAUUCAACCUUGUGAAGUAUCCAUGGGGCAACAAUCCAAUUGCUGUGGCGAUAUGGUUAGCUCAAAAGAUCAACAGUAUCAAAAAAAGCCAAGCUCCGCAAUCGUGGAUGCAAGACUUAGAACAGAACGCGCCAACAAGCAAAUUCUCUCGAAUUCCGGGGCGCCGUCAUAGUCAGUUGCCGAAUGGCGUAUCUUUAUACGCCGUUAGUGAAGUUCACUUUCCUCGUACUACCAAGCCCUGUCAAAUCGAUAUAGAACGCCUUUACGGAGAACAAAGGCCGUCGUUGGAUUCUUUUUCUACCCAAUCCUUUUGUUACCAGAUGGAUUUGGAAGCACGAAGAAUCGCACCAAGUCUGGUCAGAUUAAAGUCUUUCAAACCAGGAUAUGGAGAUAGACUAUUUGGCAUAAUGGCGGACGAUCAUCAUAUAGAUGUGGACACAGCUGCUGCAGGGAAACUUGUGGUAGAUGUUCUUGCCACAUUUACUUGCUCAGAAUUGCAAUCACAAUGCCAAGCAGCUACGGAUGCCCUGAUUAAGGAGCUUGACAAGGAAACAUGUCAGUCUCCACGAUUUACAAAAAUAUUUACGAUGCUGUCGAACGAUCCUAUUGUGACAAAGGCUGUGGAUUUCAUUGUUGCACAAAUCAACUCCUGUGAAUUUUCCUUGGGGUUGGAUGGUGAAUAUGAUGGAAUCAGGAGCUUGUCAAACCACCACAACAAUCCCAAGGCAUCUCAUUCACCACAAUCCGUCAAUAAUGAACAACUGUCUAUUGAUACUAGGGCUCUGGAAAAUGAUCCCAACAGAUCCCAGUGCCAGCCGCCUACGUCUUUUCCCCUCUUCUCCUCCCCUCAUCCUUCUGGUCACGUCUUGCCAGAAAACACUCCCACUGAUAUCACCUCCGUGUCUAUGAUUGAAACUCAAAGUACAUAUAUCCCAGAAAGCGUAACGCCUUCCAUCAUGCCGCCACGUCAAUCGAACCGCAUCAGGAAGCCCACACUUAGGGCAAUAGAGGCCAAACUCAGCUCGCAGGCGAGGCCGAGAGUCAAAAGCCGGGAGCAAAAAGCCUCGAAAAAACUCGAAUCUCGGCCCACACAAACCGAGGAGACUAUCGCAAGAACCAACGAGGAGUAUAAUGAUGUUAAAAGCGGCGUAGAUGUCGCGAACAGGGAAGCUUCGGACACCACCGACAAUGUUGAUCUGACUCCCCCCGUGUUGGCAAAGAGGCCAAUGACCGCGCGCUCUAUUGACGAAAUUGCAGCGAUGGCCAGAAAUGAUGCUCAAAGGAGGACCGCUGCCGCAGGGCAACCAAAAAGAACUACGAUCUCUCGCUCUAUCGACGAGAUUGCAGCAGCUGCCAGCCUCAACAGGCUGAUGGACACAGGUACCUCUGGACCGACUUUGCCCAAGCAGCAACCGAAGCCUCCCAAGUCAACAACGCUAUCUUCUUCUGCAACGCGUGCUUUAACCCCGGAAACAAAUGCUAUGGUGGAACAACUUCUAGAUCUGGCAACGGCUGCUUCGAAACCCGAUUUCCAACCAGAAAUUGAAAUUGACCUCCACAGAGCUCGUCGGGAUUGGUAUGCUGAGCAGCUGGCAGCUGCUUUGAACAAGGCCGCUACUGAGAAAUCCUUAGAAACGAAUUGGGCGCAAACAAGCCAGGAGACGAUCCCAGACGGAGAUCUUCUUUCUUCCCAGCCUACUCCUUCCAAUGCAAAUGCUCCUUGGUUAGAGACUAGCGUUGCUACCCUUGCCACCCAGACGGAAGAUUUUGCACUCAGCAUAACUGGCCAUGCCGAUUCUGCUUGUGCAGCCGCUAAUGAUCCCGAUGUCCCGGCAGGUAUGGCUGCGGUUCUUACCAGCCCAUUCACACAGGUGGGCAGCACGGUAGAACAAACAAGCAUUGAACAGCUUACUACAGUGGAAAUACCCGUUUCUGAUAAAGCUGUGGAGCCGGACGUGUCCAAGUGGCCUAUUUCGAGCAUCAACCAGAAGUUUCUCGACCCAUCUAUCUUGUCCCAUUCCUACCUUCCUCGCCCGUGGACUGACAAUGAUGGCUGGAUCCAUACCGGACUUGGAAACGACCAUAACGAAGAAGAUGUCAUUGUUCCUAAUUCUUAUACAUGGGUACGACCUAGGGAUUCGUUCAACAACCCCCGUAUCGCUCCAUCACCUCCUCGGCUGAAGUCCCUUAUCCAAAUCGAACUUGACGAUGCAUUCGGUUAUCCUCCCCCAGGCCGAAAGCCAAACCUUCCACAGGAUCUAGAAGGCCAAUUCGUCCCAGAAGAUGUUGCGGUGGAAAAGGAGAAAGCCAAAGUUUUCUGUGCAGCUCGGAUUCGAGGCAUCGCCAUCGAUCGCUCAGCCCUGCUGGAAGAUAUUCGGCUUGCCAUUAAAAAGCACGAUGAAAUCCACGCUGCGAACGAGACAGCUUCGGGUUCCAGUGAUGGAAUUGAAACUGCCAAUGGAAAAGCACCUGCGAAGUCAUCCGACACAUCUGCUGGAACAAGUAAGAGAACGAAAGCAUCGCGGAAACGGAAUGCUGGUCAAGCCUUGGGGAUUGUUGCUCAGAAAGAGGAUGAAGACGACCCUCACGUAAAUUUGGGCAAAAUAUCAAGGAAUAAAAAACGUCGCCUAAACAUUGAUGUGCCAAUUGCCGAAUCGAGUAGCGCGGCUUUAGGCCAUGGAAGCGAAAGUGGAAGUCCAGCAGAUGGGGAAAAUGUGGAAAUAGAUUUAAAGCCGAUUUUGCUUGCACCUCGUGGCCCGGGUCGCCCAUCAAGAAGUGCAGCGGCCAUUGCUGCGACCGCUGCAACCCGUGGUGUUGGAAAAGCCCGCCAGCGCCGCAAACACACUCAACUCCAAGCUCAUCCUGAAUCCAUUACUUCACCAGCGAGCCAAUCAGUUACAGAUGAGCCUGCGAAUAACUCUGUUGCUACCAAACCCAAAGACCGUCCCGCUACCGAAAAGGAUGCUGUUUCUGUCCCUCGCCAGGGCGGGCAGGAUUGA